UUACUUUUUUGUUCACAUUUCACAUGUCACAUGUUGAAACUUGAAAUCUGAAAUUUAAAAAACUUGAGAACUUGUCAAGGUUGAAAAGUAUAAAAACGAUAAAAAGCAUAAAAAUCGGUUUAAAUAUUAAAGAUUGUUUUUUAUUAUUAAAUAGCACUUUUAAGUUUUAAUAAAUUUAAGAGAAGAAAAGUUUAUCAAUGGAAGAGACAAACGAUAACGAUGAAUUAGAAAUCGGCGAGAGAUCAUGGAAAAGAGCAGUGGAAACGGCAGGAAAGGUUAUCGUGAAGGUAUGGACGAUGGAUCGGAUGAUGUCCUCCAGGAAGGCUUCGAUUUAGGAUACGUUGAAGCAUUUAAAACAUCUUUUGCCAUUGGCAUUUAUAAAUCAAUGGCACAAGCAUUACCGAAAACAGUGGAAAUUUCAAAGGAAAUUGAAGAAAUUUUAAGAACCUCCGACACUGGUGCUUGUGUUUUAUGCAAAAACACAGUCAGUGUUUCGUCAAGACGUAAAACAGAGGAGAAAACAUUAGAACAAAUAUUAAAAGAACAACGUCAGCAUUCAGCGCAUAUAAUAAAAAUGCUGUACGAUUAUUUUGUACCAUUAUUAAAAGAACACAAUGUUACAUUGGAUCCAAUGAAAAUUGAAGAGCUUCCACAUCCCGAUCGUGAUCUUUAAUCUCUAAUUAUAAUAAUUAUAAUGUUUUAAAUUUUGUAAAGUUAUAAUUUUAUUUCUUUUUAUAAAAUUCAAAUGAAUUUGAAUAAAAGUCUAUUUUUUCUAAAGAAAAAA